GGGCGGCACCGAGGGCCGGGGGGGUGAAGCAGUCCCAGGCAGGCUGGAGAGCCGCUGAGCCGGGGAGAGCAGACAGACACAGCGGAGAGCUGGUGGAGGGAGGAAGGUUUCCUCAUGCCGCCGGGCUUUACCGGGAAUUAAUCACCUGACGUCCAGCGGACUCUGUCGGUUCCGGAAGGAGGAUAUUACAACACAACAAAAUGCAUCUUUUGGGGAUUUGGACGCUGAUGGCGGCUCUGCAGGUUGGUGUUCUGGCUGAAAAGGCCGAGCCGCUGUCGUCAAGCAAGCUGGUCCCGUUGCCAUGCACGCGGGGCUUCACUCAGGAGGAAUACUUCAUCCGCACGGAGCAGGAGCUGGCCAAGGGACAGGCCGUCUUCAACGUGAGCUUCAUGGACUGCGGGAGAGGGAAGGUGUGGUUCCAGGUUGGAGAUUCGUCCGAUUUCAGGGUGAGUGAGGACGGUACGGUCUACGCCCUGCGCCGCCUUAGCCUGGUGGGGAAGGGAAACGCUGUGGAGGUGGUCUACGCUCGAGACUUGCAGUCCAAACAGGUCUGGAAGACCAGAGUGCACCUCCACGUCCGUCCACAUGGCAACAGCAUUGGACCUGAACAGGUAAAGCCAAGUGAAUCAACACUGACUCAGCGGAUACCAGAGAUCUUGUUUCCAUGGCGCAGCGUGGUUGUCAGGGGCGAUGGCACUCUGAGGCGGGUGAAGAGGGAUUGGGUCAUUCCGCCUAUCAACGUCCCCGAGAACUCGCGAGGACAGUUCCCCGAGGACCUAGUCAGAAUCCGCUCCGACCGGGAUAAGAACCGGAUGCUACGGUACAGUGUGACGGGCCCCGGGGCCGACCAACCUCCCACCGGCAUCUUCAUCAUCAACCCCAUCUCGGGCCAGCUGUCCGUCACCAAGCCUCUGGACAGAGAGCACAUCUCCAACUUCCAUUUGCGAGCCCACGCGGUGGACCUGAAUGGUAAUCAGGUGGAGAACCCCAUUGACAUCGUUAUUAACGUCAUCGACCAGAACGACAACAGACCAGAGUUCACACACACCGUCUUCAACGGCUCUGUACCGGAGGGAUCCAAGCCUGGAUCCUUUGUGAUGACGGUGACAGCAGUGGACAAAGAUGAUCCAAAAACUGCUAAUGGGAUGUUGCGAUACAAGAUCGCCUCCCAGAAUCCCCAGAGUCCCUCCUCCAACAUGUUCACCAUAAACAACAAGACUGGUGACAUCAUCACUGUGGCAGCUGGCCUUGAUCGAGAGAAAGUCACCCAGUACACCCUGAUCAUCAUGGCCACGGACAUGGAGGGGAACCCCACCUACGGCCUGUCCAACACCGCCACCACCGUCAUCAGGGUCACUGAUGUCAACGACAAUCCCCCAGAAUUCACCACAGACACAUUCUUCGGGGAGGUUCAUGAGAACAGGGUGAACGUGAUCGUUGCCAACCUGACCGUGACGGAUAAAGACCAGCCUCACACUUCAGCCUGGAGCGCUGUGUACCGGAUCAUCGCUGGAGACCCCACUGGACGCUUCUCCAUCCCCACGGACCCCACCACCAACGAGGGCCUGCUCACAGUGGUCAAGCCCGUAGACUUUGAGCUGAGCCGUUCCUAUAUGCUGACGGUGGAGGCGGAGAACGAGGUCCCGCUGGCCCGUGGCAUCCACCUGCCACGCCAGUCCACAGCCACCGUGUCCGUACGCAUCCUGGACAUCAACGAGAGUCCGGAGUUCAGCCCCAACCCCAAGUCCAUCAAACUGGAAGAGGGUCUGCCUGCAGGCUCUCUGCUCACCACCUUCACCGCCCAGGACCCCGACCGCUUCAUGAGACAAAAUAUCAGGUACUCCAAGAUGUACGACCCUGCUAACUGGCUGGAGAUUGACCCGGUUAAUGGUCGGAUUUCCACCAUCGCCGUCCUUGACCGAGAGUCUCCCUACGUCAAGAACAACCUCUACAACGUUACAUUCAUGGCCUCCGAUAACGGCAUCCCGCCUGCCAGCGGGACAGGCACCCUUCAGAUGUACUUACUGGACAUAAAUGACAACGCACCUCACGUGUUCCCGCCUGAGGUGGAGAUGUGUGAGAGGCCGGAUCCAAACGCCAUCAACAUCACAGCCAGUGACCCCGACCUGACGCCUAACGCGGGACCCUUCGCCUUCGAACUGGCCAAUCGUCCGUCAGACGUACGCCGCAACUGGACGCUCAAUCGCUUCAAUGGCGAGUACACCCAGCUCCGACUGAGGAUCGGCUCCCUGGCCAGUGGGAUCUACCAGGUACCCAUCAUGAUCACAGACUCUGGCAACCUGCCCAUGUCCAACACGUCCUUUCUGCGAGUCAAGGUCUGCCAGUGUGAUCACCAUGGAGACUGUGUGGACAUGGAGCGAAUCAUCGCCGCUGGACUGGGCACCGGAGCCAUCAUCGCCAUCCUCAUCUGUAUCAUCAUACUGUUAGUGCUGGUGCUGCUGUUUGUGAUGUGGAUGAAAAGGAGGGACAAAGAGCGGCAGGCCAAGCAGCUCCUCAUCGACCCAGAGGACGACGUCCGAGACAACAUCCUGAAAUAUGAUGAGGAGGGAGGGGGAGAGGAGGACCAGGACUACGAUCUGAGUCAGCUGCAGCAGCCUGACGCCCUGGAGCCAGAGUGCGUCAAAGUGGGGAUCAGACGUCUGGAUGAGAGGCCCCUCCAUCACGAGCACCAGUACCCCCUGCGCUCCACUGCCCCCCACCCAGGAGACAUAGGAGACUUCAUCCACGAGGGCCUGAAGGCAGCAGACAACGACCCCACCGCCCCCCCCUACGACUCCCUGCUGGUGUUCGACUACGAGGGCAGCGGCUCCACCGCCGGCUCCCUCAGCUCCCUGCACUCCACCUCCAGCUGCGGAGACCAGGACUAUGACUACCUCGGCGACUGGGGUCCGCGCUUCCGCAAGCUAGCCGACUUGUAUGGCGGCGGUGACGACUAGCACUCUCCACCCCGACCUACAACAUCCCUCCCCCCCCCCCUCCCGACCCCCACCACCACCCCAUCCCACCCUGGCUCCAGGGGCUCAGGGGGGAUGGGGUUAAGGAAAGAGCAUAUUGGGUAAACAUGGGGUAUUGAUUGGCACUUCUGUAUUACCACAGGACAGCUUGUAAAGAAACUCGCUGCCAUGAUGACGGUUGAUGACACUAGGGACCAUUCUGACUCCUGGCCUAGCAUUUCAGGCUAAAGGACUUUAUUAUGUGAGCGCCAGCCCCUGUGCUAACUAAUGUGAGCUGUUGUCUCUACGAUGGCCAUGCUACAGACGCUCAUUUACACUUGAAUCUCACAGUACAGGAGCACUGGGGUCAAAUGUGCCUUUUUGUACAUUCUUUUGAUUGUGUUCAGUCUUGAUUCUAUACGUUGUUUUAAAGCUCCCGGGGUUUGCAACUACAGGACCACUUUGCCAUGAUAAUGAUUGUGUGUGUGUGUGUGUGUGUGUGUGUGUGCGCGUGUGCAUGAGUCAUUUCCACAGAGACACACUGGAUGGACACUCUAAAUGGCAAAGCCUAUUAUGAGACGCCUUGGAUGAUCCUACCAGCAAAAACAUGGCUUUAAUGUACGGCUCUGGGUGUUUCCAUCUCAUUCCGUCUGAAAACGACAACUACACUCAAUACCCAUACAUGUUAAUCCGUCACAGAGGUUAGCAGAAUCAAACAUACAUAUUUUAAUUAGUAACAUACUCCUAAUACUACCACUGACCACUGAAGUCUCCUCUGACCAGAGGGCUUAAUCACAGCUGGUGUUGUACCAUAUCUGUGAAACCGCAGUAAAAGGUUGGGCUCAUUUCGCUGCAUUGCUCCACUAUUAAUGCGAUCGACUGCCCGUGUUAACAAGCUGGCCGAGAUCAGACAUGUCCUCUCUGCGCUCCCCCUACCCUGCAGAGACUCCUCAUUCAACAUCACGUCAAAGCUUUGAUUGAAUUGCUCUGAAGAGCGAUUGCCUCUCUUUGCUUUCAACACUCUUUUUUUUUUGUGCCACAAUGAAUUUAAAUGACUUUUGUGUCUGAUUUUGGGAGGUCUGUACAAGCAGAACAUGUUGUUUGUAGCGCAGUUUAAAUAGCGUGUCCUUGCUGCGCUUUCACAAAUGGGACAUUCAAAGUUGUUUUUAUUGCAAGAUGACAAAACACAAAUGCAAAAGUGGUGAAAGACACGGUGAUGAAAUGUGAUUUCUAUUGAUGUUCGUGCAGUAUGAAAGAAAACAAAAAGCAAAAACAGGAACAAAUAAUCAAGACAACAAGCGAAGAAACUAAAUCUGAACCCAUUUCAAAGAUCUGUGAAAUGACAAAAAUCCCGAACAUGAAGGAAAGGAAUUAAGUUUGUAUCUACAGAUGAAUAUGUUUAGUGAACUGUUUGUGAACGGAA